AUGAUGAAAAACGGGACAAUCGAGUGCAGCUUUUGCCAUUCCAAAUUGGUAAAUCCAUCUACAAAAUCGAUCUCAAGGGCUUAUGAUAGACAUCAGAGUAAACUAUCAAAGAAGCAUCGAGCUCUUAAUGUUCUCUUGGUAGUUGGUGACUGUAUGUUAGUUGGAUUACAGCCGAUUUUGGUGUACAUGUGUAAGGUGGAUGGGAAGUUCAAUUUUAGCCCCAUUAGUGUGAAUUUUUUGACAGAAGUUGCAAAAGUUAUCUUUGCACUUGUUAUGCUUUUAAUACAGGCUAGAAAUCAGAAGGUUGGAGAGAAGCCACUUCUUUCAGUCUCCAAUUUUGUACAGGCAGCUCGCAACAAUGUGCUUCUUGCCAUUCCUGCCCUUCUCUAUGCUAUCAAUAAUUAUCUUAAGUUCACAAUGCAGCUGUAUUUUAAUCCAGCAACUGUGAAAAUGUUGAGCAAUCUCAAGGUUUUGGUAAUUGCUGUUUUGUUGAAGAUGAUUAUGAAGCGAAGAUUUUCCAUAAUUCAGUGGGAAGCUCUUGCUCUUUUGCUUAUUGGAAUUAGCAUAAAUCAGUUGAGUUCUUCACCUAAGGGAACUACUUCAAUGGGUGUUUCAAUAUCAAUGAGUGCAUAUAUUUGCACAUUUAUUUUUGUAACUGUUCCAUCUAUGGCAUCAGUCUUCAAUGAAUAUGCACUCAAGAGUCAAUAUGACACAAGCAUUUAUCUUCAGAAUCUGUUCUUAUAUGGAUAUGGUGCAAUAUUCAACUUCCUAGGGAUCCUUGGAACUGUUGUAAUCAAAGGUCCUGAAAGCUUUGAUAUUCUUCAAGGACAUUCAAAAGCCACCAUGUUUUUGAUAAUAAACAAUGCAGCACAAGGGGUAUUAUCGUCUUUUUUCUUCAAAUAUGCCGAUACAAUUUUGAAAAAAUAUUCCUCAACAGAAUUUCCAUUGUUUUUAUAUCAAUGCAUCAGUUCUUUUCACCUCUUUCUAAAGUCAAAGAGGAAGAAGAUGGAGUUUUGAAGUUGGAAUCAUUUAAGAAGAAUGAGAGGUCAAGGGAUUCGUCUUUUAUUAAUAUCGCAGCAGGGGCUAACGAUGAGGUUCUUCAUCGAGUUGGAUCUGAUGAAAGACAGCAACUUCUCCCUACUUGAAUUCUUAAAAAAGUUUCUUGUUCAAAGUAUUUUUGUGGUGAGGAAGAAAAGAUAUAUGAAGAAUGUAAUGAAUGAUGAAAAUUGAAAUCCCAUUUAUUGUACCUUUUCAUGGGAUGUGAUUAGAAACUUGGUUUAUAGAGGUAAAAUACAAUAGUUUUCGAUUGAGAAAGAGUAAAAUAUCGGCUUUGUUUUGAGAAAAAUGUUUUGGCAACAUGUUUGUCAUAUUUAUGAGUGUA